UCCGCUACCACCACAACCAACUCCACCACCUCAGCAUGUCUGCUCCCUACGGCGGUCAGCAAGCCGCUGCAUCCUCGUCGACGUCUGCAGACCCCUACGCGCCCUUCUACUAUUGGGAUCCUGCAGCCAACAACUGGGCAUUUGACUACAACGGCUACUACGCCACCUAUGGCUACCCACAACAAGGGGGCGCCGGUGCAGCAGCAGCCCCAGCAAGCGCCGCUCCCUAUCCCGCCUCAUCAUCCGCAUCCACCUUCCAGCCCAUAUCCACCGCCACGUCCGCCUACACCUCUGCAGCCGGGCCCCCUUCUUCCUCUACAGGUCCCAUCCGGGAGAAGAAGUCCACUGCCUCUGCUGGUCCCAAGGACGCCUCUGGAAAUCCCCUCUCUGGCACUCUCAAGCGUGGAGAGAAGCGCAAGACGGUUCUCAAGUCCGGUCCCGAAGGGGCAUACGAGGACCCUACGCUGCUAGAGUGGAAUCCAGCACACAAGCGUCUCUUUGUGGGUGAUCUGGGAAACGAUGUCAAUGAUGCUAUCCUCGCUCGCGCAUUUCAAAAAUGGCCUUCCUUCUCCAAAGCUAAAGUCGUACGGCGUAAACAUGAUGAGAAAUCGCGAGGAUAUGGAUUCGUCUCCUUUGCUGAUCCCGAAGACUACCUGAAAGCUUGGAAGGAGAUGGAGGGGAAAUACAUUGGUAGUAGACCUUGCAGACUUAAAGCUGCAGAGAGUAGUGUAGAGGCGAAAGAGAUUGGGUAUAGACAGGAUAAGAUCUUGGCGAAUAAUGUAAAACAUCAGGAGUGGAAGAUGAAGCAUAAGAUGGGGGGAGCUAUUGGAGGGCAAUUGAGGAGACAUGGUGUGGGCAAGGCCUGGGGAAGCAAAUAGACUAGAAUGAAGGAUCGGGGGAUGCUUUCCCUUCCCUCAUUGAGUAUAUCAUAUCAUAUCAAUAGCAAGCGUUCAGGCGAAAUAUGGAUGGUAGUAGUAGUG